CUGUCGAGUUAAUCUAAUUUUAUGGUCUUGACAGUAUCGUUGUUGCUUUAACAGCUGACAAAGCACACAAAAUUGGAUUGUGAACCGAAACUGCCGCACCAACAUUCUCUAUGUUAAUUUCCAUGAAGGCAAUUCGUGAAAGUAUACUAUGACUGAAAUGUUUAACCUUUAAAAGUCAACUGAAGAUGAACUAAGAUCCACUACGACUAUCCAAUUCACACUCCAUAUUGACUCGAGCCGGACAAAACCUCUACAAUGAUGUCCUCCGCGUUAAAUGUCGAAACCCAAAUCGCAAACAUGGUUAAACAAGACCCGAGAUUUCUGACAAGUAGUAAUCGCUAUCGCAUACCCAUCCCACUAGAGCCCUUAAAGGACGGACCAUCCAUGGAUCCUAAGGAGAGAACAUUCUUAGAAGCAGCUGAAAGGGGAGACAAACACACGAUGAUCAGGUGCCUUCAACCACCGAAUCCGGUGAAUGUGAAUUGCACCAACAUUCUGGGUCGUAGUGCUAUUCAAAUAGCAGUCGACAACGAAAAUGUUGAAAUUGUUGAACUGUUGUUGCAACAGGAGAACGUGAAGAUAGGAGACGCCCUCCUGUAUGCUAUUCGUGAGGGUGUUUAUAAGAUUGUAGAGAUGCUUAUUAAUCAUCCGAGUAUCACGAGUGAAAUGUUGGCAAACGAUUGGGCGAAAACCAGACAACCAGGGGAAGAGAGUUCCGAUUAUUGUCCUGACAUAUCUCCUGUUAUAUUGGCUGCUCAUUGUAACCAAUUCGAAAUUCUUCAGCUUCUCCUGUCACGUGGGGCCACCAUAGAUAAUCCCCAUCCCCUGUCUUGUGGAUGUCAGAAAUGUCAAGAAGGCAUGCAUACGGAUAGUUUGCGUUAUUCUCUAAGACGAAUUCAUACUUAUCGAGCAUUGGCUAGCCCCGCCUGGAUGUCCCUCACUAGUGAAGAUCCAAUCCUUACAGCUUUUAGGGUAAGCUAUCUGUUGCUUAUUUAA